AUGGCAGCAAGAUUCGCAGCUAGCGGCGGAAGGGUGGAGCCACAAAGGGGGGUUUAUACAGUACAGGUUGAGCAGGAGAACCAGUCCAGCUCACGGGCCAUGCGAAAAGAUACUUUCCUGGAUGAGGGUUGCUGUGACAACAGUCUGUUCCAUUCUUUUAUUGCCAUUAAUGAUGAAACGUUCACAUUCGAGGCUAAAGCCAUCACCGUUUAUGGAAUUAUACUGACGCUCUGCCGAUGGAUGUUCGGUUUAUGGGCUGUUGUUACCCUCCCAGCUUUAUGCUGCAUCAGCGGUAUCUACUGCAUCGUGAAGGCGGUGAAGGAGACUGCAUUCUGGAUUGUGGUCCUCUACGUCCACAAUAAACCGGUGAACCUAUCUGACAAGGGCUUCUUCAGAUAUCAUGUGUACCUGCUGACAGAUUUUCUAGUUUCUGUAGCCCUUUUUGGUAUUGGGACUGGUCUGGAAGCGGGUGUCGGUAUAAAGGAAUGCGAGUUCUUGGAUUCGCCAGUGUGGCGUCUGGCCGUGGCUUGGAUGUCAAUGGACGCCUUCAUACCACAUAUUGCCAUAGGGGUUCUUAUUAUCGUAUGCGUCAUAUUUGUGAAAUUUGAAGAGAAGACUGGAUUCUUUGAAUGUUUAUUGAACUUUUGUUAA